GGAAACGUCAACAGAAUUAACAAAUGUGCAUAGAGUCCGUUCUUUUAAGUAAAAUUUUACCUUUAAAAGUAUUCCAUAGCAGAAAAUCAUGUCUGUAAUUCCACUGAAAGUCGUUGUACGGGUGCGGCCACUGAUUCAGAAAGAGAACGACGAAGGAUGUCAGACUUGCCUGAAUUUCAUCCCAUAUGAACCACAGAUAGUUCUUGGCAAGGAUAGAAGUUUUACAUAUGAUUUUGUGUUUAGGCCCACUGAUCCUCAAGUUACAGUGUAUGAAGAUGCUGUCAAACCACUGGUCCAACACAUUUUCAAAGGCUAUAAUUCCACUGUACUGGCAUAUGGCCAAACAGGAAGUGGUAAAACAUUCACGAUGGGCGGUGGGUACGAAGAUUCCCUGAAAAUGGAUCCAGAUGGCAUGGGUAUAAUACCGAGGAUCGUGCAGGAAAUAUUUAACACUGUCAAUGAAAAAGAGAACUACAAGUUUAAAGUGACUGUUUCCUAUUUAGAGAUCAUCAAUGAAGACUUGCAAGAUUUACUUGUAAACAACAAAAAAGAUUCCUUGUCAAUUAGAGAAGAAAAUGGAGCCAUAAAGAUUCCUGGUUUACGAGAAGUGUUGGUGAAUAAUAUAGAAGAGACAAUGAAAUGUUUAGAGCAGGGAUGUAACAACCGGACGACGGCAGCGACUGCCAUGAAUAACACUUCCAGCAGGUCACAUGCCAUCUUCUCUGUUUUCAUAGAACAACAGCAUGAGGAGGAUAUAAAUGAUUUCUGGAAAGCCAAAUUACAGCUGGUGGACUUGGCAGGGUCGGAGAGAAUUAAGAAAACACAUGCAGAAGGGGCCAGACUAAAAGAAGGCAUAAACAUCAAUAAAGGUUUGCUGGCACUUGGAAAUGUGAUAAGUAUUCUUGGAGAUGAUACAAAGAAAGUGUCACAUGUACCGUAUAGAGACAGCAAGUUGACUAGGAUAUUACAAGAUUCGUUGGGUGGAAACAGUCAUACCUUAAUGAUAGCAUGUGUGAGUCCUGCAGACAGUAAUAUGGAGGAGACACUUAACACACUACGAUAUGCUGACAGGGCAAGAAAAAUCAAGAACAAACCGGUGGUGAACUGGGAUCCACAGACAGCUGAAAUCAUGAGACUUAAAGGACAGGUCCAGCAGCUGACAAUGAAACUGAUCAAUGCAGGAAUCACUGAAUUAGAUAGUGAAAAUGAUCUGAAUGUAGCCAAACCAGAUUCCCCUGUCAGAGAAAAAGAUACCAAAGCUCUUCAGAAAUGGAUAGACAAAUGUAAAGAGUUAGAGGAGGAGGUCACAAAUCUACACAAGGAGCUGAGGAUAUCAGUAGACCAGGCUGCCACUAUGGGGGAGAAAGCAUUGAGGUGGGAGAUGAAAUGUGAAAGAUUGAAGUCAAGGUUGCAAGAACUAGAAUCUAACAUAGGAGUUGACCUAGAUCUGCUGAGUUCCAGUGUAGUAGAUGAGAACAACCCUGCCCUAACCGAGCAACUCAACAAGUUAAAGUCCCUGGCCAGUAAACUGCAUGAUUCUGUGAGUACCCAGAACACUGCGGACAGUUCAGGUGACGAGGAAAUGUUAGAGAAUGAGGCUGAGGAGGCCCAGGAUGAGGUAUGCUUUACACCAGAGUCACGGGAGAUGAUGAAACAGCACACACUUAGACGAGCACGAAUGAACUCACAACUCACUGAAUUAAACAAGAUUUUAGAAAAGAAAGAGAAGUUAGCCAACCAAUAUUCACAGAAUGAUACAAAAAUGGAAGCAAUGAAAGAACAAUAUGAGCAAACAAUGAAGAAUCUAGAACACGAGAUCAGUUCACUACAGAAAGAGAAAGUGAACCUCUCCUCUGCAUUAGAGGAUGCAAGGACAAAUGCAGCUGCUAGCAAGUUGAGUGAACAAAGGAGAAAAAGGCUUCAGGAAUUGGAGGGUCAGAUGGGAGAUUUGAAAAAGAAAUUGGUUGAGCAGAAAAAAGUACUGAAGCUGAAAGAUGCUAAAGAGAAACAAGUUACUACACUUAACACAGAGAUACAGGGAUUGAAGCAACAGCGAGUAAAGUUGAUGAAACAGAUGAAGGAAGAUGCAGAUCAGUGGAGAAAAUGGAGACAGCAGAAAGAUAAGGAAGUGCUUCAGUUACAACAGAAGGAUAGGAAACGACAGUUUGAGAUCCAGAAGUUACAACGGGAAAAUCAGAGGACACAGAGUGUGUUACAUAGAAAAUCUGAAGAGGCUGCAGCAGCCAAUAGGAGGCUGAAGGAAGCCUUAACCAAACAGAAACAGGUGCUAGAAGAAAGAAAUCAGAAGUUUGAAAAAUGUGAUAAUACUGCUAUAGGAAAUAGAGUUAGGAAAUGGUUGAGUUUUGAACUGGAUGUGAAAGUUGGUAUUAUGGAAGCUAAAUACCACAGAGAAAGUCAGUUAGAGGACCGCAAGAUGCUAGCAGAGCAACUCAAAGAACUCAAGGAAAGUCUAAAUGACGAAGCCCCGCCAUCUAAGAAAAUGGCAUGGAUGGAUGACACAGGCAUGAAGCAUGAGACAAGUUUUGAAGAGGAAGAUACCAAGAAGAAGGUUCACCAUCUUCAACAGCAGAUAGAACUGAGGAAUGUUCAGAUUGCCGACUUGCAACAGAAAAUAUUUGAUGCAGAACAAGACUGUAAAGGCAAGUCUACCAAAGACAACCUGCAUACCAUGAUGGAGGCAAAGAUAGCUAUCAGAUGGCUCCUAGAUCAGGCCGUGUCAUUUAAAGCAGACAACAACAGGAUACGUCUGGAGAUGGAUGAAAUGAAGCAUUCAUUGAGAGACAGAAAUAAUGAUAACGAUGAAAUUCUUAUUGAACUGGAAGAGAAGAUCGAGGAAAUUAAGAAAAAAUAUGAAACAGAUAUAACAAGACUGCAGUCUGAACAUCAGAAAGAGAUAGAAAUCUUGCUAGAGUCUGCUGCCCCAGCUUCUACAGAUACUGACUUGAACAAGAAACUUGAAUCCCAGAGGGAGGAAAUUGAAGCUCUCAGUCAACAGUUAAAGAAGAAGACAGAGGAGUAUGAUAAGAUGCAAAAGCAUCUUACCAAGUACAUGUACCAGGACAAGAAAGUGGCACUGAUGCCAGAGUUAACAGAUGAUGAAAGCGAGCCUGCCGAGGCAAGAUCUCCAUUCAUCACACAAAGACCUAAGAGGUCAGUUGCUGCAGGAAGGUCUGCGUUGAGCAUUAUCCAGAUAGAUGAGUCCAUCAGAAGUUCUGAUGAAUUUGAGAAACCACCAAGACCACCUAUGAGAAAGUCAGUAUCUGCGGGAAUGAUACGAAACAAAAAGUCUACAAGGUCAAGUUUGAAACAUAAAAGUGACGAAGAUGAGGAAGGCACCAAAAAAACUUUGCGAAAGAAAAAUUCUAAAUCAAACCUGAAAAACAAGACUGAAGAUGAUGAUGGAGAGGCAGAGGAGGCUCUAUUACGUAAAUUACGUAAAAGGUCAUCACGAUUCGAUUUGAAAAAAAUCCUAGCAGAGGAGGAGGAUCUAGGAGAGGAGGCACCAAAAAAGACACGAGCACUUCGUAAAAAACCUUCAAAAACUGAUCUGAAACAGAUUGACACUAGUAAUGAGGAAAACGAGGUUUCAACAAAGCGUUUAAGUAAAAAGUCGUCAAAGACAAAUUUAAAUGAAACAUUUACUAGUGAAGAUAAUGAGAAAUCCUCGUUGAACGAGACAUUUACAACAAGUCAAGAAGAUGAUUCCCUAGAUGUGAUGGAUGGUGGACUUAAGAAGAAAAGGAAACUGUUUAAUGCAAAAGAAAGUUUCUUUAGUCCUGUAGAAUUUGCAGAUAGUACAGUGUAGAAGAUACAGUGUAGAAGAUAAAAAUUCAUCAUUGUACCCCCCGACAACAAAGUUGUAAGGGGGGGUAUACUGGUUUCAGGUUGUCUGUCUGUCUGUCCGUCUGUCCGUCUGUCCGUAGACGCAAUCUUGUGCGCACCAUCUCUCCUUAUCCCCUUGACAGAAUUUAAUGAAACUUCACACAAGUGAUCAGUACCAACAGUAGUUGUGCAUGGGGCACGUUAGGUUCUUUUAGAAAAAAAAUUUGCAGAGUUAUGGGACUUUGUUUUUUUGUUACUAUACUAUAUAUAUACAUAGACACAAUCUUGUGCGCACCAUCUCUCCUCAUCCAAUUGACACAAUUUAAUGAAACUUCACACAAGUGAUCAGUACCAACAGUAGUUGUGCAUGGGACAUGUUAGGUUCUUUUAGAAAAAAAAAUUUCAGAGUUAUGGGACUUUGUUUUUUUGUUACUAUACUAUAUACAUAGACACAAUCUUGUGCGCACCAUCUCUCCUUAUCCCCUUGACAGAAUUUAAUGAAACUUCACACAAGUGAUCAGUACCAACAGUAGUUGUGCAUGGGGCAUGUUAGGUUCUUUUAGAAAAAAAAUUUGCAGAGUUAUGGGACUUUGUUUUUUUGUUACUAUACUAUAUACAUAGACACAAUCUUGUGCGCACCAUCUCUCCUUAUCCCCUUGACAGAAUUUAAUGAAACUUCACACAAGUGAUCAGUACCAACAGUAGUUGUGCAUGGGGCAUGUUAGGUUCUUUCAGAAAAAAUUUUUUGCAGAGUUAUGGGACUUUGUUUUUUUGUUACUAUACUAUAUACAUAGAUACAAUCUUGUGCGCACCAUCUCUCCUCAUCCUCUUGACACAAUUUAAUGAAACUUCACACAAGUGAUCAGUAACAACAGUAGUUGUGCAUGGGGCAUGUUAGGUUCUUUCAGCGACAAAAAUUGCAGAGUUAUGGGACUUUGUUUCUUGUUAACAUACUAUGUACAUACAGUCUGCAUAUGCAAUUUUGUGCGUGCCUAAUUACCAAACCCUUGCACACAAUUUAAUGAAACUUCACACAAGUGAUCAGUACCAACCCUAGUUGUGCAUGGUGCAUGUUACAUUCUUUUAGAUAAAUAUUCUGCAUAGUUAUGGGACUUUGUUUUUUGUUACUAUACUGUAUACAUACAGUCUAUAUAUACAUACAGUCCACAUAAUUAUGCAAUCUUGUGUGCGUCAAAUUGCAAUGUACUGUGUCAGUGCAUGCGGGGGGGGGGUACAUUCAUCACCUUUAGUGAUAGCUCUAGUUUAUAUCCGGAAAGCGCUGAAGGUGUAGUUGGACUAAAUGAGCUUUUGCUUACAAUUAAACAUGAGCUUAAGAUUUUGGCCACAAUAAGAUUCUAGUUUAAUAGAAAAAAAGUAAUUGUGUUACCUUGAUUUUUACUGUCACAAUUAUAUUUUUGAAGUAAAUCUAUUUAUAUUGGAGCACAUAUUCCAUGAAAGUCCUCCAUUCUGACAGGUCAGAAUGUGCACAUUUCUUACAAGCAAGUUGCUUUAAAGUAAGUUUUCUUUAAAUGAGCCGCGCCAUGAGAAAACCAACAUAGUGGCUUUGCGACCAGCAUGGAUCUGGACCAGCCUGCGCAGUCUGGUCAGGAUCCAUGCUGUUCGCUAACUAUUUCUCUAAUUGCAGUAAGCUUUGAGAGCGAACAACAUGGAUCCUGACCAGCCUGCGGAUCCAUGCUGGUCGCAAAGCCACUGUGUUGGUUUUCUCAUGGCACGGCUCAAAUAUGUUUGAAACAAACCUUCUGUUAUGAACAAAGCAAAUGCUUAAUCACUGGUUGUGUCUUAUUAAGAUUGUUCUGCACAAUUGUAUUCAUUCCCCCCUUUUACCUAGAAUUUCAGUUUAACAUUAAUGCGUUUUCCCCCUGUAUCUUUGUUAUUAGAUAGGCACUAUUUCACUAUUCAUGAGAAGAAAAAUCCGUGAAGGCUGAUCUUGGUCUGCACUGGUUGCAAAGGCACAACCAUUUGCCACCAGCAGGCUAAAGGUUAAUGAAACUUUUCGCAGUUGUAAGUCAACAUAAUUAUGCCCCCCUUCGAAGAAGGAGGGGUAUAUUGUUUUGCAGAUGUCGGUCGGUAGGUCGGUCGGUCGGUCGUUCGGUCUGUCGGUCGGUCGGUCGGAAUGUAGACCAAUCCGUUUCCGGAUGAUAACUCAAGAACGCUUGGGCCUAGGAUCAUGAAAGUUGAUAGGGAGGUUGGUCAUCACCAGCAGAUGACCCCUAUUGAUUUUGAGAUCUGUAUGUCAAAGGUCAAGGUCAGUGACCCUGAAUAGUAAAACGGUUUCCGGAUGAUAACUCAAGAACGCUUGGGCCUAGGAUCAUGAAAGUUGAUAGGGAGGUUGGUCAUGACCAGCAGAUGACCCCUAUUGAUUUUGAGAUCAGUAUGUUAAAGGUCAAGGUCACAGUGACCCUGAACAAUUAAACGGUUUCCGGAUGAUAACUCAAGAACGCUUCAGCCUAGGGUCACGAAAGUUGAUAGGCAGGUUGGUCAUGACCAGCAGAUGACCCCAAUUGAUUUUGAGGUCAGUAUGUCAAAGGUCAAGGUCACAGUGAACAGGAACAGUUAAAUGUUUUCCAAGCAAUAACUCUAGAACGCUUGGGCCUAGUUUCAGGAAAAUUGAUAGUUAGGUUGGCCAUGACCAGCAGAUGACCCCUAUUGAUUUUGAGGUCAUUAGGUCAAAGGUCAAGGUCGCAUUGGCCAGGAACAGUUAAACAGUUUCUGAUCUUCUUGUCCAAAACCAUAGGGCCUAGGGCUUUGAUAUUGGGUAUGUAGCAAAAUCUAGUGGUCCUCUACCAAGAUUGUUCAGAUUAUUUCCCUGGGGUCAAAUAUGGCCCCAUCCCGGGGGUCACAUGGUUUAUAUAGACUUAUAUAGGAAAAAAAAUUGAAAAACCUCUUGUCCAAAACCACAGGGCCUAGGGCUUUGAUAUUUUGUAUAUGACAUCAUCUAGUGGUCCUCUACUAAGAUUGUUCAAAUUUUUCCCCAAGGGUCAAAUAUGGCCCUGCCCUGGGGGUCACAUGGUUCAUAUAGACUUAUAUAGGGGAAAACUUAGAAUAUUCAUGUCCAUAACUUACAUCAUUCAAAUUUGGACCACAUGUAUAGUUUUGAGUGGCAAGAUGAACCUUGACAUGAGUUGACCUUGAUCUUGACCUAGUGACCUACUUUCACAUUUCUUUUGCUACAGCCUUCAGAUUUGGACCACGUGCAUAGGUUUGUGUACUGAAACAAACUUUGACCUUGUUAUUGACCUAGUGACCUACUUUCACAUUUUUGAAGGUACAGACUUCAAAUUUGGACCACAUGCAUAGUUUUUUGUUCCAAAAUAAAAUUUGACCUUGAUUUUGACCUAGUGACCUACUUUCACAUUUCUCAAGCUACAGUCUUCAAAUUUGAACCACAAGCAUAGUUUUGUGUACUGAAAUUAACUUUGAUCUUGAGAUUGACCUAGUGACCUACUUUCACAUUUCUGUAGGUACAGGCUUCAAAUUUGGAUCACUUGCAUAGUUUUGUGUUCCGAAAUAAAAUUCGACCUUGAUUUUGACCUAGUGACCUACUUUCACAUUUUUCAAGCUGCAGCCUUCAAAUUUGAACCACAUGCAUAAGUGAGCAUAUAAUUUGUUCCUUGUGCAAUUACUAAUUGCAUCAAGGGGGGCAUUUCGUGUUCGACGAGCUCUUGUUAUAUAUUGUUUUAUGGACAUGUAAAAUGUAUAGAAUUGUGUGCAUAUAUUUGAUAUAUUCCACCAUGAUUUAAGAGUUCCAUAGCUUCAAAUGGAUUUAAGGGCAUUUUUUUUUUAAUUAUGUCAUGUGACGGCAUGUUUAUUAUCAUUUUUGAUUGUGAGUUGCCAUUUUAAUAAAUGUACACAUGGGAUGAAUUUUUUUUUUCUAAGAGUUAAUUAAAUAAAUAUUUAUGCAUCAAACAAUUGUUUUAUCUUAACUAUUUGACUUAUUAAAAGCUGCUAGAUAUUUACCUUUUUGAUAUAUUGCUUUGUUUUUGUCUGUCUCUUGAUAGACCAUUUUGUUUUCAAUCAGUAAAUAGGGUAUCUCCUUUGGCAUUUUGGGGUGUGGGUGUGUGCAAAGGUAAAGGUCACAGUGACCAGGAGUCUGUACAUGAUCAAUAACUUAAGUAAGCUUGGGUCUGCUGCUGUCAAAUUUAUUUGAUGAUUGCUGUUGGUAGUAGAUGACCCCUAUCAGAAUGUCAGUGGGACAAUUGUCUUGAGACUUAGUCAAUUAGCAAUUGAUCUGUAAAUUUCCUAGUGUUCUUCAUUACAGAUGCUAUUUGAAAAAUAGGUUGAGCUGUUGCACUUAUUUGUUCCUUGUGUUUGCGUGUGCGUCAUUGUCCUGAUUUGGUAAUUUUUGUAUAUUAUCUGGUACUUUAGUUACUGUGAUGAAGACAUUAUCCUUGGUCUCUAUGGUAGAGUGGUUUUGGUUGCUGUCUGUUCCCUCUUAAACCCCCAACAUUUCCUACCGGGGCGGACAGAAAAUAGUGGGAGGAGCUACAUUUUGUUACUCUGAAGCAGUAGCUAAAAAUAACCAUUGUAAACACAGGUAGCUUGUAGCAGACAAUCUUUCAAAAUACAGAAGAGCAUGCAACUUGCUGUUUUCAGUUGUAAAAGUUAUUGUACCCCCCGACAACAAAGUUGUAAGGGGGGUGUAUACUGGUUUCAGGUUGUCUGUCUGUCCGUCUGUCCGUAGACGCAAUCUUGUGUGCACCAUCUCUCCUUAUCCCCUUGACACAAUUUAAUGAAACUUCACACAAGUGAUCAGUACCAACAGUAGUUGUGCAUGGGGCAUGUUAGGUUCUUUUAGAAAAAAUUUUUGCAGAGUUAUGGGACUUUGUUUUUUGUUACUAUACUAUAUACAUAGACACAAUCUUGUGCGCACCAUCUCUCCUCAUCCCCUUGACACAAUUUAAUGAAACUUCACACAAGUGAUCAGUACCAACAGUAGUUGUGCAUGGGGCAUGUUAGGUCCUUUUAGAAAAAAAAAAUUGCAGUUAUGGGACUUUGUUUUUUUGUUACUUUACUAUAUACAUAGACACAAUCUUGUGCGCACCAUCUCUCCUCAUCCCCUUGACACAAUUUAAUGAAACUUCACAAAAGUGAUCAGUAACAACAGUAGUUGUGCAUGGGGCAUGUUAGGUUCUUUCAGAAAAAAAAUUUGCAGAGUUAUGGGACUUUGUUUUUUUGUUACUAUACUAUAUACAUAGACACAAUCUUGUGCGCACCAUCUCUCCUCAUCCCCUUGACACAAUUUAAUGAAACUUCACACAAGUGAUCAGUAACAACAGUAGUUGUGCAUGGGUCAUGUUAGGUUCUUUCAGCGACAAAAAUUGCAGAGUUAUGGGACUUUGUUUCUUGUUAACAUACUAUGUACAUACAGUCUGCAUAUGCAAUCUUGUGCGUGCCUAAUCUACCAAACCCUUACACACAAUUUAAUGAAACUUCACACAAGUGAUCAGUACCAACCCUAGUUGUGCAUGGGCAUGUUACAUUCUUUUAGAUAAAUAUUCUGCAUAGUUAUGGGACUUUGUUUUUUGUUACUAUACUGUAUACAUACAGUCUAUAUACAUACAGUCCACAUAAUUAUGCAAUCUUGUGUGCGUCAAAUUGCAAUGUACUGUUUCAGUGCAUGCGGGGGGGUACAUUCAUCACCUUUAGUGAUAGCUCUAGUUAAUCCAAUUUUUGUAAAUAUUUCUUUAAAAUCACUAGUUUUUCUUUUCUUCACCGGUACUUGAUAAGUUUUAUGGGAUUUUUUUUAUAAGACAUUGUUCUAUAGGAAGUAGAUUCCCUAUCAAUGUUAUCAUUCCAGUCAACAAAGCAAAAUUUAUUCUCAUUUGAUAUGUUGUUUCGUUUGAGAAAUUAUUUAAUUAAAUCCAAAUUAAGAUGAAUGUGACACUAGGACUGUGAAACACAGUGUCAAGACAUGAAAUGAAAAUUUGGCGGAAUUUUUGGAGGCCUGUUUCAGUCAAUGUAUUAUCAAGAAAGUCAAGAUACAUGUAAUAGGCAAUUAGGGAGGACUGUCAAAACAAUACACAUUCAUGGCAUCAAAUUUACUGAUAAGUUUGUGGCACUGCAACUGGACUUUCAUACCAGAUUAUUCCCAAAUUCAAUUGAAAAUAAUGCAUUGAGUGGGAAAUGGAAAAUAGUUACUGUGGAAACAGAACAGUCAGAAAUUACAACUUAUUUAUCUAACAAAAGCUUCAGUAAAUAAACACUUAUGUACUACAUGUACUAGUUAUAUAAUAAGUAUUUAUUCACUUCAUGCACUUAAUAAGUGUAAAUCAUUUUCUGAGAUAAACACAAAGGUGAUAAAAAAGCAGGUAAACAGAGGUGACUGUGAAUGUUGUGAAUAAUCUUCUGCUGCAGUAUUUUUGUUUGAUAAACAAAGCCACGUGCUUAUUGUACCCCCCGACAACAAAGUUGUAAGGGGGGGUAUACUGGUUUCAGGUUGUCUGUCUGUCUGUCUGUCUGUCCGUCUGUCCGUAGACGCAAUCUUGUGCGCACCAUCUCUCCAUAUCCCCUUGACAGAAUUUAAUGAAACUUCACACAAGUGAUCAGUACCAACAGUAGUUGUGCAUGGGGCAUGUUAGGUUCUUUUAGAAAAAAAAUUUGCAGAGUUAUGGGACUUUGUUUUUUUGUUACUAUACUAUAUACAUAGACACAAUCUUGUGCGCACCAUCUCUCCUCAUCCCCUUGACACAAUUUAAUGAAACUUCACACAAGUGAUCAGUACCAACAGUA